AUGGUUCUUGCAGCCUUCAUUCUGGUCGCCGCUGCCGGCGCGCAGCUUGCGAGUGCCCACUUCGGCAUCGAGUACCCGACGUGGCGUGCCAACACUCUCUCCUCUAGCACAAACUAUUCGCAAUGGACGCAGCCCUGCGCCGGCGCCCCUGUCCUUCCAGACGCCAACCGAACCGACUGGCCAUUGAAGGGCGGCAGUCUGAAGCUCGACCUGCACCACGCGUGGACAUACAUCUUUGUCAACCUGGGGCUCGGCGUGAAUGUGACCAACUUCAACUACACGCUCUCGGACCCCUUCUGGAACUCGACAGGAAACGGUACCCUCUGCGUGAAGAGCUUACCGCUGCCCACAAAUCUGCCCGCGACCGACGGCACCAAGGCGACUAUCCAGGUCGUGACGCUGGGCGAGAGUGGCAACGCCUUGUACAAUUGUGCCGACGUCACUCUGCGGGCCAACGCGACGGCGCUCAGCGACAGCGAGUGCGUGACGGACCCCGGCGUUUCCUAUGUCCCAGUGCAGCAAGCAUCGACAGCAAAGAGCGCCGGCACGAUGGCCAGCGUCGACAUAGUUUCGCUGUCGGCCGUCGCCGGCUUGGCGCUAGUGUUUGUGUUUGGAAUGAGCCUCUAG